UGUUUGUUUGUUGAUACACUGUUCAAGAGUGUUAAGCGAUUAGGCACUCGAGAGGAACCAACCAAAGCAUACCCGUCGACGUUUUUAUUCAUCCCCAUCUGAAGCAACAGAAAACCCCCAAAACCCUAGAAUUUCAGGAUUCCUCUGCAAUCUCUGACACAAAGCGCGAGAGAUUGAGAGCAGCAACAGCAAUGGAGUUCGACGAGUAUGACUACUUGGAGAAGACGGUGGAGGACCAUGACGACAGAGAUUCGUCUAAGAAGACCAAAAAAGACAGCUCCGAGAAAACCUACCGGAAGCGCGACGAGCUCGACGACGAUCUAGACGCUGCCGCCUACGACGGGCGCAUCAAGAAAUCCAGGGCCGAGGAAGAGAACGGCUCCAGGAAGGAUCGGGAUGGCCGCGAUAGGGAGAAGGAGAAGGAGAAGGAAAGGGAGAGAGAGAGAAAGGAGAGGGAGAGGGACAGAGAACGAGAGGAGGGGUCCAGGAGGAGCAGGUCUCGUUCCGAGCGAGACAGAGACAGAGAGAGGGAACGUGAUUUUGACUCGAGAGAUGGCCGGAGACAGAGGGAAAAGAAAGAAGCUGCAGAGCCUGAGGCAGAUCCCGAAAGGGAUCAGCGAACUGUUUUUGCCUACCAGAUGCCUUUGAAGGCAACAGAGAGGGAUGUUUAUGAGUUCUUCUCUAAAGCUGGCAAGGUGAGGGAUGUUCGUCUUAUCAUGGAUAGGAACUCAAGAAGAUCUAAAGGAGUUGGGUAUAUUGAAUUUUAUGAUGUGAUGUCAGUGCCAAUGGCAAUUGCUCUCUCUGGCCAACUUCUCCUUGGACAGCCUGUGAUGGUUAAACCUUCUGAGGCUGAAAAGAACCUUGUUCAAUCUAAUACUACUAGUGGAGCUGCUGGUGUAGCAGGACCAUAUGGAGCUGUAGACAGGAAACUGUAUGUAGGGAACCUUCACUUCAACAUGACCGAGAGUCAACUGAGAGAGAUUUUUGAGCCAUUUGGUCCAGUGGAGCUUGUACAAUUGCCACUUGAUCUGGAAACUGGACAUUGCAAGGGUUUUGGGUUUGUUCAAUUUGCUCAUCUUGAGCAUUCCAAGGCAGCUCUGAGUUUAAAUGGAAAACUGGAAAUUGCUGGCAGGACUAUCAAGGUCUCAUCUGUAACUGAUCAUGUUGGAAGCCAAGAUACAACUGCGAAAUCUGCAGACUUCGAUGAUGAUGAAGGUGGAUUGGCUUUAAACGCUCAAUCAAGAGCUUUACUUAUGCAGAAGCUGGAUCGCUCUGGCAUUGCUGCUAGCAUUGGCGUUCCACCAGUUGUGAAUGGGUCGGCCCCUGCACAGCAAGCUGUUAGCUUGCCUAUUGGUAAUCCAGGCAUAAUACCAGCACCAACUCUCCCAACACAACUUAUGACUAACCCAGUUGCCGAGCCUGUUGGAACCCCCAGCGAGUGUUUACUGUUGAAGAAUAUGUUUGAUCCGGCCACUGAGACAGAACCAGAUUUUGAUUUAGACAUUAAAGAGGAUGUAGAAGAAGAGUGUUCUAAGUAUGGGCGGGUGAAGCAUAUCUCUGUUGACAAAAACAGUGCAGGUUUUGUGUAUUUGCAGUUUGAAACAGUGGAAGCAGCAAGUGCCGCUCAACGUGCAUUGCACCUGAGGUGGUUUGCACGUAGAUUGAUUUCAGCUUUGUUCAUGCAACCUCAGAUGUAUGAAGAGAAGUUUAAAGGGGAGGUUUGAUAGUGUGUGCUUCCGGGCCUUGUGGUGGCUCUUAAUGAUGACAAUCUGCAAAUUAUUUCUUAUGUUAGUUUUCAGAAAUCAAGUUCGCGUUUAUAAAUUUUGAUUUAUCACUCGUAUUUAGAUGUACGAAUACAGAAAUUCUACUGUGUAGGUGGGGGUUUUCACUUUCAUAAUUUGCUCGGUGACACACUUAUAUUCUACAUCAUGUUUACAAUUUUAUAGUUAAAUAGUACUUGUGUAAAAAUUUCUCUUAAUGUGAGAACUUUGAAAUGGCAGUAUGUAAAAAUAUUGAUUAA